CUCUCUCCCUCUGUAGCUCUCUCUCAUGCACUCUCUCUCUCUCUCUCUCUCUCUCUCCCUCCCUCUCUCUCUGUCCCUCUCUUUUGCCUGCAGAGUUUUCCUGUCCUGUGUCUGGAUAACAUCUCUCGCUGAGGAGGACCACCUGACUGACUGACUGACUGACUGGUAAGAGACCCGGACGGACUAAAUGGAAGCAGCGGAGGAAACUCUCACUACUUACCGAGAUGAUGACACCUUACUACUACUUCACAGGAAGAAGAAGCUGCUCCCAGAGGACAAGAAGACGGACAGUAACGAGUCAAACUAUGUAGACCUGGACAUAAUGAAACCGGAGGGCGCAGCCAAAACAGUGAAAGUGACUUUCACUGGCGAGGAGGAGAACCAGCAGAACCAGCAGAACCAGCAGCUGUCUGUGAUCAAAUGCGACGGCGACGACUCAAAGUCUGGAGAGCAUGGCGAGGAAGAGGAGGGUGAAAUCAUGUCAGAGGACUUUGUUGAAGAGCAGUUAGAGGACAGGUUGCCUGAGUCUCCUUUGGAAAGCAAACUUCCCGAGCUGGAGCAUGUGUGCAGCGAGAGCGACGAGCUCCAGUACACGGACAUGUAUCUGAACAGCCGGGCGGAGGAGUCGGAGGAUGACGGUGACGGUGAAGGUAGCGCGGCGCUGUCCGGCUCCGAUACCGACCACUGCUCCGAUACCGACCACACCGACACCGUGGAGGAGGACGAGUCGCACUACAUCACCACACACGAGAUCCAGCUGACCGAGCUCGACCACGACGUCGACUUAUACGACCUGGGCCGAGGAGGCACCACCUGCUGGGACUUCGAAGACGACAACCUGGUUUACUCCUUUGUGGAUUACGCGUCUUUUGAGAGCGAUGAAAAUGAAACGCGGGAGGACGGGACUCUGAUAGUGGAGGGCAGCAGGAGGCGGGAAAAGGCGAAGAAGUCUGGAGCGGUUGUCAGCACCGAGCAGGAGGAGGAUAGCGAUCUGUGUGACUCUUUGGAUGGAAGUUUGCGCAACAAAAACCACAGCGGAGAAAUUCACUUAUCCAUAAAAACCUCCUCCAGGGUGAACGAACCUGCUGGUCUCCUUGACAACCGCGCCCAUGGCAACAGCAACGCCAAACACCAUGGAGACGGCAGCAGCCAUUUCUCCUUUGUGAGCAGCUCCGGACUUUCCAGAGUUGGACCUCAGUAUUUCAUCCCAGCUCCGGGUCGUCAGCACCUCGCGUCCAAACUAAGACGGAAAGAUAUUAACGAGUACUCCAGCGGGGCGUCCAGCUCCAUUAGCGAGCUGGACGACGCCGACAAAGAGGUGCGUAAUCUAACCGCCAAGUCGUUCCGGAGCUUGGCGUGUCCGUACUUCGACGCCAUCAAUCUCAGCACGUCCAGUGAGUCCUCUAUGUCGGAGUACGGGUUGAAGAAUAACUGGUCUGCUUAUGUGGACUGGAACUAUGGAAACAUAUCAAUGAAUAAGAGUGAAGAAGAUAAGAGUAGGAGGCAUGGUAAGUCUGUUAAAGCUCCACUAACAAAGGUGUACGCGUUGAACAAGAGAGCUGUGUCUCAAGAGUCGUCUUCUUCUAGCAGAAAUGUCGAUUCUGUUCAGCCAAAGCAGCGUGGAGUCACGUUGAAUUUCCGGUGUAAUGUUGAAGCACCUGAAGGCACCAGACGUCCUCCAACAAGGUGCUCCAAGACUGCACGAUGCAAUGAGGUCACUGGGGCUGUGUUGGCCAGGUCUGCUGGGUGUGAGAUGCAGUAUCAGCACACACAAACAGAUAGCACCGGGGGGGACACACACAACAGAGCAGUUUUUGCAUCGAGUCUGUUGAAAAAUGUGAUUUCCAAAAAGAUGCAGUUUGAGCAGGAGCGUAAAAUGGAGAGGGGUGAAAUCCGUGACACGCACCCCCCAGCUCUGUCCCCAGUGAGUUUCCAAUGCAAAGAUCAUCAAGGAAGAGGCUUGCAAAGACAGGCAUCAGAAUCGAGCUCCGGUUUCACUGUUAAUUCUGGUGAUGAUCAACAAAGCCUGGAGGAAAGCAGCAGACCUGGUUCCUGUGCGCCUGCAGAAAGCAACAAAGAUGAUCCAGAAAAGGGACAACAGGAACCUCCGAAAACGUCUCUCAUCCACAGCGAAAGUAGUGCAUUUAAUUCAGUGAGAGAAGAUGAGCCAGAACCUGUAAAGGAGGCUGAACCCACAAAGGGAUUAGACACCAACAGCAUGCUGACAAAACUGCUUUUUGUUCCGAGCUACCAGAUCCUUUCAAAAGAGAAGGAUUUUACAGAAGACUCGUCGAGCUGUGCACCUGUCACAGGCCCACCUGCUGGCCCACAGAAAUGUGAAAAAGAGUUCAAAACGGGCAAUAAUGGACACAUAGUAGGCACAGAUGAAAACGAGAAGGGGGGGAAAAACCCUGGGAUAAAAAUAUGCCUGAGGAGUGUGAAGGAAAAUAAAGGCUGCACACUGAAUAUCGCCAACAUGUUGACCCCUAAAAUAAGUCUCAACACUGUGAACACAAUCAGGGCGGCACGUGAUGCCAAAUGCCACGUUUUGUCUGCUGCAGAUAAAAUGCCAAACUUCACCGUUCGAGACAUAAGAGACACCAAGUGCAAGUUUGCAACGCCGAUAUAUCAGGUCAGGGAUGUGCGUAAACUGGUAAAAAGCUCCUAUCGCUUUGUUUCGUUGGAUCACAGUGAGAGUAAAUGUUCCACAGCAGCUGAUAAACCUGAGGUCACAAAGGCGCCGGUUAAGCAUGUAUUACCAUCUCCUAUUGUGAUUAAAUGUCACUCUGUUAAAACAAAUGUUAAACAGCAGACGGCUGAGGUGUCUGAAGCAUCUCAAAGUGAAAACACACCGUCACAUUGCACAGCCAGUAGGGUGCCACUUGCUGUGUCAAAGCACCUACACCCUGACCAGCCAGACAAUCAGCCAAAUACUGAAACCAAACUGACAAAACAGAGGCAGGAAAAGUUUGCAUGUGAGCCAAAAAUACCAAAACAGGCUGCGUUAGAGAAGCUUAAAGCUGCAGUUAAGACGAUGGAGCAGCUUUAUGUUUUUGAUAGAAAUGAAUGGAAGCGAAAAACUCAAGCUCCACAGCCGAUCACAGACAGCCACGUGUUGUCGCUUAUUGCCAGCGAGGAGCAGGGAGCAGAGGAGAUGGAGGCGACAAACACUGACAGGGCUCAUCAGUCACAGGAAUAUAGAGGAGCUCUGAAUAUCAUACAUGUUCCAUACAGCGACGACACGUUUAAAACACAAUCGCAGCAAACGUUUAGUAACAAACGUGUGCUUCACCUUGGCAAUAAGGCAAUUAGUUCAGUUAGUCCACAAAGCUCUGCGCUGCAAACAUCGUCGACUAUGAGAAACUCCAAGGCGCCGGUGGCUCCGCUGUCGGUGAAAAUAGAGUCCCCGAAACACAGCCAGGUGGAGCAGGGAAAGGUCAAAAUCAUUCCCGCUAAUCCCACUGUCGCGCAGGCCUGCUCAGACUCUGAGAACUAUUUGACCAUCCCGGGGCUGGCGUACACGAAUGAAGUCAAACUGCUGAAUCCAGAGCCUGGGGUGACAGGUGACAGGAAGACACCUGAGCAGCAAAGGUCUCCGUUAAUGAUGGAGCACCCAGCGGCAAGCGUCUACCAUCGCUUGGGGGCAAGGACAGGGCCUCAAGCACAGCAGCAGGUGUUGUGUUUCCCUCCGUCUGUCCCCGCUGUGUCACCUACACCUUCGACCGGAGAGGCAGCCCCACAAACACAACGCAAGAUGCUUUUGGACCCCACGACAGGACAUUAUUACCUGGUGGACACUCCUAUACAGGCCACCACAAAGAGACUGUUUGACCCUGAGACAGGUCAGUUUCUGGAUGUACCCAUGCCCCAUUCUCCCGUGACAUCUGUCACCCCCGUGCCUCUCUCUUUGUCCCCCCUGGCCCUGAGCCCAGGAGCGUUCGCCCCCACGUACAUGAUCUACCCCGGCUUCAUCCCCUCACCCACUCUGCCAGCCCAGGCGGUACUGCCUCCGUCGCCGUGUCACCCUGACGAUGCAGGUGGAGAAAAGGUAAAAAACCCCAGAAGCCCUAAGCCGGAAACAGGCGCAGAGAGUGCGUAUUACAGUGCGACAGCUGAGGCACCACUGCAGCUUCCUGUAAGUUUGGGACACGUGACCGCCAGAGGAGGCAAAGCGAGCUCUGACAGGAAGCCAGUUAUCAGCAUCACAACGCAACAAGGUCCAAGAAUCAUUGCACCGCCCUCCUUUGAUGGAACAACAAUGAGCUUUGUAGUGGAGCAUCGGUGACCAAGGAAACAUCUCAUCAUACAUACAUCUCCAUUGAAGAAUCUGCCUUCAUUCAACGUAAGUGCAGUUUUCACCCCACCCACCUGCGAUCUACUCCCCAGGACAACUUCCACCACCAACAACAACUUCUAUCCCCACUAUGUUGUGUUGUUUAUCCCUGCAGCAGACGUUACUGUAAUCUGUAUGCAUUGCAGCACUUUGUAGGGUAAAUGCAUUAAGCCAAAUUCUCUGGUUGAUGCUCUGCCAUGUUGCUGUAUGAAUCUGCUUUAUAAUACUUUCCAUUCAGCUGCUGUCUUUUGAAAUGCUGUUUUUCGGCCCUGCAACAUGUCUAUUCAAAAGGAAACGAGGCACGUCUUCUUUUGCAGUUCAGUGUUAGUCAUUUUAUUAUGAUGAAUGUAAUGUUACCAUGUCUUUAAAGCAAGACUAUGUAACUUUCGAAAGGCGAGAAAAACACACAUCUUUCUUUUACAAAAGUAAGCAAUAAAUCACAACCUUGCUGAAUUCAAUACACUCAGGGGAUUUGCUGCUACAACUUAUCUUGGUUUGGUAUGACCAAGCUAAUGUCAGCAAACUUGAUAGAUAUUACUGUGUAACUGACAUUACUGAGUCAGUUUGCUGACAUUAUGUCUCCAGUUGUGCUGUUACACUCCGUUUUAGGAUGUCACAGAAAAACAUUUCAAUGGUUCCUGUUCUCAUUGCUAGGGCGUCACAUACCAACGCUUUGUCAUGGCCGUCAGCGUUAGAUACUGACACCAAGGCACCCUUAAGCGUCGGUAUGUGACGCACCAAGCUUACCAUUAACUGCAAUGUAAACCCAUCUGCGUCAAUAUUAACACUCAGGGAUAGUGCGCCUUGAGUGUGGUGCCGUAUCUUUAAGGGCAAAAAGACACAAACCGGGUGUGUGGGAGGGGUCCAACAAUCACACGGUUUCAUCCAGGAGCCGCUGUUCAUGUCCUGUGCGUUAUUUUACAAUCAGCUGUUCGUUCGUAUCCUGUGUUCACAACGUUCAGUGUCAUUUUCACUGUACAAACAUAGUAGUUUUAAGCCCAACCAUGUUGUUUUUUCCUGAACCUAUCAAGUGUUUUUGUUUACUUCACAACGUUAAGCAUGUGUUUACUGCAGCCAAAAAGAGUGACGCCAAGAUGUCUGACACAGCUUCAGUAUAUGACGACUAUAACCACAAAGAAAAAAACAAGCCUUGCGGUAGUUCCCAGUGGCCCAAUGAGGUACUGCAACUAAAGAAAUCCCUUAAAUCCCCAAAAGUAUUUUCCGCAUAAACCGUCAUUAUUGAGACAUUGGUAGAACUCUGACUUCCCGAAGAAUUUUUCUUGCAUCCUGGGAAAAGCUUGGGAAAUUGAAUCAAGAGUGGUCCAUGUUCAAACUGACAUGGGGACAAAGGGGUCAUUUUGGGCUCGUUUGGCCAGAAGAAUUCCAGCAGACGGGUACCAGGAGCCCAGAAGGAAUGGAGCUUCUGUGGAGCAACUUUUUGUCAGCCUCAAAGAGAUUCUGCCAAACUGUCAGAUGACACUGGAGGGAGAGGCAGGGCUUAGCCCAGGCUGUUUUCAACAUGGGAUUAGAAAUGCUGACCUAUACUAACAAUAUUGUUAUUGUCCUGAACACGACUGAGACGUUGUCCAUAGAAGAGGCAAAGCUGGAAGUCUAGGUGAAAGCCUUGUCCAUUUCAUUAGCGAAGGUCACUGAGGUAGUCAAAAAGCUCCAUGGUGGCUGAAGGCUCUGGACAUUGUGAGGCUGUCUUUACCGCCUCUAAGCUCUCCAUUUACCAGUUGAUCUAUGGUCCAACCCUCACCUAUAGCUUUGGGUAAUGGUCGAAAGAAUGAGAUGGCAGACACAAGCCACCAAAAUGAGAUUCCUUGAAGGAAGAGCUCAGAAAGGAACUCAGAGUGGGACCACUGCUUUUUGGUGUUGAAAAGAGUGAGUUGAGGUGGUUUGGGCGCCUGAUUUUGGAUGCCUCCUGGAUGUUUACGGUACCUGUGGAGAUAAUCCAGACAGAGAUACACUGGAGAGUUUACAUAACCUAUCUGGCUUGGGAAUGCCCAACACCUUCCCAUCCCAACUCGUCACCUUCUGUCGUUGUCAGGACCCCUUGGCGUCACUUUCUAACGCACUGGGCAGCCCAGCGCGUCAAACUACGACGUUCCACUACGGUUGCAGUAAACAUGUGGUUAACGUUGUGAAUUAAAACAAAAACACUUGCUUAGGUUUAGGAAAAAACAUCAUGGUUUGGCUUAUAAAUUACUGUUUGUAAAGUGAAAGUGAAACUUAAUGUUGUGAACAAAUAGACAACACAUUGAAAGCCUCUCAUACAGACGCUAAAGGGUGACUUGUGCGUCAGUAUCACAUGCCGAGGGGCGUGACAAAGCAUCGGUAUUUGACGCCCUGGGAAUGAGAACGGUCUGGAAUGCCUCAGGAUCCUCCAGGAAAAAAUGGAGGACGUGGCGACUGAGUAGAACAUAUGGGCUGCUUAGCUUAGCCUGCUGCCACUCUGACCCAAACCUAGAUCAGCAGUGGAAAAUGGAUGGAUGGAUGCACAUCUAUAAAACAAUCACCAGAACACACUCACAUCAGGAAGGGGAAUUCAAUGUGCGAUUAUCCUGUAAUUGCUGCUUGUGGCCACAGUGGCCACUGUUAAUCAAAAGGUAUAUAGUCUUGCCUUAAUUCACACAAUAAGAUAAUUACUUACAGUGAAUACAACCUAUAAUAUUUUACACCGUUGUCUGAGGACAGGGACCAUUUGUCUGCACUGAAUUAAAAUUAAAAUGCAGAUCAAGGGGUAUUGUUGAAUCACCCCAAAUUCAGUCAGAGGAGGAAUUAAAAUUAUUGUAAAGAUGUCCCAAGUAAAUGGUAAAUACCUGACAUUGCUAUGUAUCAUAUUACGACUCUCCAACACUAAUUUUCCACAGUCACAAUAACAUUUCCAUGUUUUUUUAGGAGUUGGUGGCUCAUGUUCUACUUGAAGUAUGUGUAACCUCUGUGUUAUGACUCACAACAUGCUGCUAAUACCUGCAGAACUGAUACGCUGUAUGAAGUGGUGUAUGUUUGUAUUUUAAAAGGCACGCUCCUCGUAUGUUAGAGAGAGAGAAAAACACACUAAGUGUGUUGCUCAGAUGAAGCGGCGGCGCUGGGACUCUGGUUUGACAGUUUACUUAGGUCAAUAUUUCUUAAGUAUUGUUGGGCCUAAUGACUCAGAGCAAGCUGAGACAUUUAGAGGAUAACUUCCUCUAUUGUUGUUGGUUUAUUUUACACUUUAGUGUGUAAUGAGAUGGGAGUUACUGUGCGUCUGAAUGUGUCCGUGUUCGUGGCUGUGAGUUAUGUUCGGCAUUUCAGUAUUCUGUGAGCGUACAACGAGGAAUCAUGUUACUUCACUGUAGAUGAGAGUGCACAGACCGCACAUGUGUUGGGUGUGUCUUUACACUUUACACACAGCAACGUCAGUUUCUCGUUUUUAACCCCCUUGACCUCUUUACUUUAAAUGUGUAUGAAUUUAAGUUAUCUCUAAAGGAACACAUCAACUGAUGACAUCCAUAUUGCUGUUUUGAUCUUAGGUCAUGUCUUUGUCUGUUUCGUUUCCUUUUGAAUAUGCAGCGGGUCGUCAUAGGUCAUUAUGCUAUACUUGACUCAGUUAUACCAGCAUCCCAUGUAGAAAUUUAUGUAAACUGUAGAUUGCUAUUAUCUAGCAUAUUUCAAAUCUAAACACACAUUAAAGGUAUUUGGAGCUGCUGGUCAGUCUAUGUACCUUAAUUCUGUAAAAUACAUGUUAUUAUGCCUCUGUGACAACAGACUUUAUAUAAAUUGCCCUAUGAGUCGAUUUCAUUAUAAGUGAUAUGAAUUCAUGCAGUGAUUUGAAAGUUGACUGUGCAGUAGAUUGGACACGGUUUGCUCUUUGGAGCAAAUUGAUGUUAGAACAUUUAAUGCAUUUUGAGGUGAAAUGUAACUUAAAUUUGUACAUUUAAUUCAUAACACAUUGGACUUCUUAAUGAUAGUAUUUUGUGAGCAGUGCAAAUAGUUCUUUAUUUAGAAAUUAUGAAUCCAUUGAAUCUGAAAUUUUACCAAGUAUCCAGGUACUAUGAACAAGUUAAAAUUGAGAUAUUGGAUUUACUACCUCCUGCCAAAGAGUUUUAAAGAGGACCUAUUAUGCUUAUUUUCAGGUGCACUUGUAUUUUUGUUUUCUACUCCCCCCUGAAAAGCCCAGUCUGCUCUGAUUGGUCAGUGUUGUGUCAAACUAGCUGCUAGACAGGUAUUAU